AUGGCGACCGGUGAGAGGCGAUCAAAUCUCAGGUUGCUCAGGACGUCAUUGAUUCUGGACCAAUUCGACACACGCACGACUCUCCAUGGAGACUGUUUCAGACUGUGUACUUACAACGCAAGAACAGUGUCCACAGACGCUGACCUGCAUGCCCUUCUCGGAGGUGCAGAGCGUACCAAAUUUCACGUGAUUGCUCUGCAGGAGACCAAGUGCAAAAAGAGCGACGUACGACAGAUGAAUGACGGUACACUCGUCAUUCGUGGUGAGAAGGUUCCGUCGCGAGAUGUAGGCGGUAUUGGUUUUGUUGUGUACCCAUCCGUCGUCCAUCUUGUCGAUUCUCACGAGAUCCUGUCACCUCGCCUGGCCAUUCUUCGCCUCCGCCCUCUGCGUCAAAAACCCAUCAGUAUCAUCAACUGUUACUCACCAACACAAGCAGCUGAUGAAUCCAAAUUGGACGCGUUUUACGAGAAGCUGGAGGAAGUAAUCUGCAACGAGAAGUCCUUCUACAAAUUCGUUGUCGGAGACUUCAACGCAAAAUUUAGAGAGGCUACGGAAGAGGAAUACAGGAUCGAGAGAUCCGGACUAGGGGAUCGGAAUGAAAAUGACAAUCGUCUCGCCAGGCUGUUGUCCGCCGCUCGCCUCUUUCAUGGGAACUCUCUUUUCAUGAAAAAAGAUCAUCGUCGGUGGACAUGGGAAUCGCCCAAGGGCGCGACUCGUGCGGAGAUCGACCACAUGCUCACCAACCGGAGGUGGUGUCUACUUGACGUCUCAGUAGUACCAUCCUUUUGUAGUGGUUCUGAUCACCGUCUCCUUCGCGAAAAUACGACUUAG